UAUAACUACUCUGGUUAAUACGUAGGUGAAUCAUAGGUGGAUAACAGAUAACCGGCUGGCGUCACCCAGUAGAGUGUGGGUGAGGCAGAUCAUCUGCCGUGUGUCCAAGUAGUACUGGCUGUGUGGGGUGUGUGCACUGUAGCAGGCCUGAGACACCCCAUGUCACGGGAAGAUUUGGUUAUACGACAAAGAUAAAAGCGAUAACCCGGCUAAUGUAGAGCAGAUAGGACCAGCCUGUACUGUACACAAGGACUGACAAGUGACAAAAUGACGGCAAAUGAGAUUAGCAACAACAGCAGCCCUGCCAGCGCCCUGGCUUGGGAGUUACCUCCCCUCUAUAAGAGAAUAAACUGGGCUGCCCUCUUGGUGCCACCUAUCGGGGUUAUACUACUUCUGCUAGCUGCCAUGUACCUGUUUCCUUACAUCAAGAAGCGGUUCGGAGCAAAAAGAGCGAAGAAGAUUUAUAGAGUUCGUAAAGCCUCCGCCGAGAAGGCUAGAAAGAUGUCGGGCAGCCUAAAUGAUAAUUCCUUGGAGCGUUCGGAAGACUUCAUGGACACACAGUGGGACACUGACUCCGUGAACUACUCUGGAACACUGGACAAACUACAGUCCACGCCCAAACAUAAACUAGUGACGAGAAUCACUCCAACUCCGUCACCUAGUCUAGGCAGGUUUUCGCUCUCACCUCAUCCGCCAUUAGCCAGUCAAGAAGACCUGUUGUUUUGAUUGAAAGGUCAGAAUGUGUGAUCUGUUUGAGAUCGACUAGGUUAGCAGCUUCUGGAAUCGGAAGAGAGUCCUCAGGGAGAUCGCCCAGAGAGGUUUGGACAUGCAAUGGAAGCGCAAGAGCUCAUGGACAAAAGAAAUACCCUUGAGGAAGAAUAAAACAAAUUGAGUGGACUUCCAGCUAAUUUAAAAUUGCACUGCCUUUUCGUCACUGUAUUUGGUAUAAUGCUGCUGGACUGCUUCUACACGCCUGACGCUAAGUGCAGAUGUAGAGAGUGCUGUAACUCUCUGGACCAUAGUUGCUUGUCAUAGGUCACGACACCGGCAGAGAUGUGGCCUGGGACUGCUGUUAGCUGGCACAAGAUGUAGAAUCGUGCCGUGAUUUCCCGAGGAACAUGUAGCUUAAACCAUGCAAAUACAAAAUUGAUGGAUCAAAAUACAGCUCAGGAUUCUUUGAGCUUUGAGCAAGUUACGUGUGGUUGGAUUGGAGCCCAAUCCAUCACCACGAAUUCAAUAACACUGUUGAAAAAAAACUACAUUGAAGCACGUGCCCUGUGAAGCAAAUUCGUUGGUUCCACAGGAGACACCUUUCUCCUCUUCGGCAUUCUAGUGAAUAAAAGGUGAGAGACCAUCGGCUGUAUCCUGCUAGUCAUAGCUUCAGAUAUUCUGGGGGGCUCACGUUACAAAACAUAACUUUGCGCAAACGACACGCCUCUAAAACAUGCGUUUUUAUGGCCUCUAAAUACUGUUCCUUUUGUUUUAUUGAAUUCUGCUUAGACGUCUACAUAACAUUUGCCUUAAAAUUAUUGUUACGUCAAUAGUUUUCAUGUCAAAUCAGUUGAACCAUUUCAUGGAAAUGAAGCACCCAGGGUAAACCCGUACAACACGAUACGAUAAUUAUUUCGACCGAGGCCAAAACGCAAAAAUAAAAUCUCCAGAGACAUUGCGGUCAAGAGACCAUCACUGUUCUUCCUAUGAUUUUUAUUUUUGUUUCGACUUUAACAUUUCAUUAAGUACAAGGCGUGGCAAUUAGGUGUUUUCUACAAAAAACAUAAAAAGCUGGGUUUUUUCCUUUUGUUUUUUUUGCGACAUCAGAAUAUUUGCAAGACUUAGUUUGAUGUUCUCUGUAGCUCAUCACAGCUGGAAAUAUUUACUCACCGCGGAAAGUGGAAUGGGCAUGAUUGUGGUGCCUGAAAAGAAAUUCGCCGGUUUCUUUAUUUACUCACGAGAUAAAAACGGAGAUCAAGUUGUCAACAACAUUUAAUACCAAUGGGAAUCACUAUGCGCGCACACACCUAGAGAGUUGCAGGCAGGUAGUAGUUGGUAAGAAAUAUAAGUUCUAAUAUUCAUGCACUCCGGAAUCACUGAAUUGCUACUGGACUGUAACUCAGAACAAUCAAAUAAAUGCAGUAUCACCCAAGAUCUAUGAGAGCUUUUC